AUGGAGUCUGUCGAUCAUUCUAUAUGGAAAGCUGCUGGUAUUUAUGAUUCUAUUAUGGGUUCUGUGUAUAAAGUUUAUAUAGAUAAAGUUUUGAUUUUUGGGUUAGUAGAAAGGUGGUGUUGUGAGACUAACACUUUUAUGUUUCCGUGGGGUGAAGCUACUGUUACUCUUGAAGAUAUGAUGAUUUUGGGAGGGUUUGAUGUUUUGGGUGGCCCUGUAUUGUGGUUGAAUAUUUUAAUGGACAGUGGAAGGGAUACUGAACUUGAAACUUUUUUGUCUCUUUGGUUAUCAAGAUUUGUAUUUCCAGGUAAUGAGUAUGGUAAAAUAGGUAGACAUGUUUUCCCUAUAGCUGUUAAUUUUACCAGAGGUACGCGACUAGCGCUUGAUCCAGCCGUUCUUGCUAGCAUAUAUAAGGACUUGAGCUUGUUAAAACAGACUAUGAUAAUGGCUUCAUCAAAUGAGCCAAGUUGGUUAGUUCCCAAGCUUUAUAAGGAAAACGGAGAGUGGACAAUAGUUGAAAGGCGGCAAAAUGUGGACCAAGAAUUGGAGUCUUUUAUUCGAUUUUUGAGGGUGUCUGAGCUUGUUGGUUUAGACUGUCAAGAACAUUAUCGACCAAGUCGUGUAGCAUUGCAGCUUGGAUAUGAUCAAGACUUCCCUAAAUAG